ACUGCUAAUGAUGUCCUGGCUAUGCAGAGUAAUUAACAUCUGUUUCUGUAUUUGAACAUUCAGGCAGCGUGCCCCGCCAGACACCGCUGUGCUCACAUCCGGCCCCUCGGGAGCUCCUGCCCUGUUGCUAAUUGUCGAGAGCUGUCCAGAGUCCUUGUCCAUGUGAUCCUGCCGUGCUCCCUCCUGCCCUGCUCCAUCCUGCCGUGCUCCCGGGGUGCUGUUCCUGCUCUGAUGCCAGCUCACAGCACAAUGCUGAGCAGCAGCCACUGUCAGAGAGAGUGAGGCCAAUGCUGGGCACAGAACUAUAAAGUCACAGCCAAAGGCUCUGAAACCACAAGUGAAGAAUCUGAGCUGACCCAAAAGCAGUGGGUCCCGUCGUGUCUCCAGACAGGACCAAGCUCCCAGGCUCUGCCUGGGAGGCACAGAGCCUUCUGCCAGCUGGAGUUCAAGUGGAUGCUGAUGGAGUGAUGUGAGCUGCUCCUGCCAGGCUUGGUGUGCUCCCAGUGCUCCUGCAGACACCUCCUAGCAUGGUCCCCCUGCCAGGCUGCUCUGCGGGUGCCAGCAGUGCCCACCCGGCUCCAGGGACUCCAGGCUGACCCCACACCCCUGGCACCGGACCCACCGAGCAGGAACCGUGUGGGUGCUUCUGGAGCAGCUGGUCGAUAGAUCUGCUCUUUGAAAGGCUGGCACAGCCUCAGACAGGAAGAUCUGCUGUUUACCAAGCAACACUCUGCUGCUUUGGACACCUCUUCCUCUGCCUGCAUACUUAUGAAGAGUCAGUGCUGGGCUUUAAAUGCAGCUCAGCCCAACUCAGCUGCUGUAUAUGAGUUUCUUCUGUGUUAAAGUUGGGCCAGAACCAGUUUCAAGGCAGCUGAAAGAAGAACCGACCUCCCUUCCUCCGGUGUGUUGGGAUCUUUACAGCAGCCCAUGCCGCAGCGCCUCGCCCAUCCCACCCGAGCUGCUCAUGCCACUGGCCUGGACCUAACCUAGGCUCGGUCUCAGCGUGGGCUGGGCAGGGGGCACCAUGGGGAGCUCUGCCUCAUCGCUGGCCGCGGAGACGGAGUCGGACCAUGGCUUCGGUAGCGCGCCCUACCCAGGGCACCCGGCCGUGGGCUGGUAUAGGAGCAGCCCCGGCGGCCCCGUGUGGGAAAGCGCCCUUAUAACGCGGCAGCAGCAGCACCUCCAGCACCAGGUGCGAAGCCACUCCCACUCUCCCGGCUCCAUGGCUGCCGUCCGUGAGUGGUCCUGCACCCGCUGCACCUUCCUGAACCCCGUGGGCCAGCGGCAGUGCUCCAUCUGCGAAGCCCCUCGUCAGAAACCCGACCUCAACCACAUCCUGCGGCUCAGCGUGGAGGAACAGAAAUGGGCCUGUGCCCGCUGCACCUUCAGGAACUUUCUGGGCAAGGAGACCUGUGAGGUAUGUGGCUUCACCCCCGAGCCAGGGCCCAGUGGCUCCCCCUUGCCUGUCAUCAACGGCAUCUUGCCCAAGCCCACUGUGCUCGUGGAGCCCAAGGGCACAUCCAAGGAGGAGGCUGCCAAGGCAGAAAGCAGCAGUGAGGACUCGGAGGGGAAGAGCCCCGAUGAAGCGGAGCUGGAGAGCGGCUGGGCCUGCCAGCGCUGCACCCUGCACAACACGCCCAUGGCCAACUCCUGUUCCGCCUGUGGGGGCCCACGCAAGCUCUCCCUGCCCAAGAUCCCCCCAGAGGCGCUGGUUGUCCCUGAAGUCAUCACCCCGGCUGGGUUCCACAUGGUCCCCUCCACCCCGCAGCCUUCAGUCUCUGCAGAGAUCUCCGAUGGUGAUGCCGUGGCCACCCAGGGCCCCGUGGCUAUGGAACAAGAGGCUCAGAAGAUACCACCCUUCAGCCCUUUCUCCCCGGGGCUGCAGAACAACCCUGUGCCCCGAAGCCGGCGGGAGGUGCCCCCCCAGCUGCAGAUGCCGGGCCCUGAAGCCCCCCAGCCUGCGGCCCCGAGCGCUGCGGGGCAGAAGGGCUCUCCCCAGAGCCAGGCCAGGGCCGCCCCCGCCGCCCGCUUCCCAGAGCUGCUGUCCAACAAGCGGCUGAGCGUGCUGGAGGAGGAGAUGGAGGUCAGCCCGUCCCACUGGAAGUGCAGCUCCUGCUCCCUGCUCAACUCCGCUGGGGCCGGCAAGUGCGAGGUUUGCAGCACCCAGAAGGGCAGCGACACCAUCAACGUGGUGGGUGACUCAGUGAGGUUCACCCCGUGCAGCCCCUCCAGCCCCGACUUCACCACCUGGUCCUGCUCCAAGUGCACCCUCAAGAACCCCACCCAGGCGCAGAAGUGCAAGGUGUGUGGCUCCUCCAAGCUGCACGGCUUCCAGGAGCACGGCCCGCCGGGAGAGCCUGCCCCGCGCUGCCCUGACUGCGGCGACAGGGGCGGCUGUUCCUGUGGCUCCAAGGCCCCGUCCGCCCGCAAGGUCGCCCGGCUCUUCCCAUCCCCGCUGCCCGGCGGGCAGGACAGGCCGGGCCAGUGGGCCUGUCCCGCCUGCACCCUGCUCAACGAGGGCAAGGCCAAGCACUGCGGGGCCUGCCACACCCCCCAGCAGUACAUCACCCAGCGCAAGGGCCUCAAGCCCCUCAAGAGGAGGGAGAGCAUGCACGUGGAGAAGAGGCGGCAGACGGACGAGGGGGAGGCCAAAGCCCUGUGGGAAAACAUCGUGACCUUCUGCCGGGAGAACAAAGUGAAUUUUGUAGAUGACAGCUUCCCCCCUGGGCCCAAGUCCGUGGGGUUCCCGGAAGGUGACAGCGUGCAGCAGCGGGUCAAGCAGUGGCUGCGGCCCCACGAAAUCAACUGCAGCAUCUUCAAGGACCGGUCGGUGAAGUGGUCGGUGUUCCGGACACCCAGGCCCUCGGACAUCCUGCAGGGCCUGCUGGGAAACUGCUGGUUCCUGAGCGCCCUGGCCGUGCUGGCCGAGCGGCCCGAGCUGGUGGAGAGGGUGAUGAUCACCAGGACUCUGUGCUCCGAGGGCGCCUACCAGGUGCGGCUGUGCAAGGACGGCACCUGGACCACGGUGCUGGUGGAUGACAUGCUGCCCUGCGACGAGUGCGGGUACCUGCUCUUCUCGCAGGCCCAGAGGAAGCAGCUGUGGGUCGCCCUCAUUGAGAAGGCGCUGGCCAAGCUGCACGGUUCGUACUUCGCCCUCCAGGCCGGGCGUGCCAUCGAGGGCCUGGCCACGCUCACGGGGGCCCCCUGCGAGAGCCUGAUGCUGCAGGUCAGCUCCACUAACCCUCGUGAGGAGCCCAUUGACACUGACCUCAUCUGGGCCAAAAUGCUGAGUUCUAAGGAGGCUGGGUUCCUCAUGGGCGCGUCCUGUGGCGGAGGCAACAUGAAGGUGGAUGACGUGGCCUACGAGAGCAUGGGGCUGCGGCCCCGGCACGCCUACUCCAUCCUGGAUGUGAGGGACGUCCAGGGCUUCAGGUUACUGCGGCUCCGGAAUCCCUGGGGCCGCUUCUCCUGGAAUGGCAGCUGGUCGGACGAGUGGCCGCACUGGCCGGCGCCCCUGCGCCACGACCUGAUGCCCCAUGGCAGCAGCGAGGGCGUGUUCUGGAUGGAGUACAGCGACUUCAUCAAGUAUUUUGACUCCGUGGAUAUCUGCAAGCUCCAUUCAGACUGGCACGAGGUGCGUGUGCAGGGCAUGUUCCCCAACAAGGCCAACGGGCCGGUGACGGUGACGUCGCUGACAGUGUUGGAACGUGCAGCCCUGGAGUUUGCCCUCUUCCAGGAGGGCAGCAGGCGGUCAGACACAGUGGACAGUCACCUGCUGGAUCUGUGCAUCAUGGUUUUCCGGGCCACCUUCACCAGCGGGAACAAGCUGAGCCUGGGCCGGCUCAUGGCCCACAGCAAACGAGCUGUCAAGAAGUUCGUCAACUGCGACGUGAUGCUGGAGCCGGGCGAGUACGCCGUGGUGUGCUGUGCCUUCAACCACUGGAGCACUGCCCUGGCCGGCCCUGCCACCCAGGCUUCCAGUCCCACCAGCAGCCGACCAGCCACUGAUUAUUCCAGCUACAUCCUGGCCAUCUACAGCUCCCGCCUGGUGAUGGUGGAGCAGGUGGAGGCACAGCCCACUACGCUGGCAGAUGCCAUCAUCCUGCUGACUGAGAACAAGGGCGAGCGCCAUGAGGGCCGUGAAGGGAUGACUUGCUACUACCUGACACAUGGCUGGGCAGGGCUCAUCGUGGUGGUGGAGAACCGGCACCCCAAGUCCUACCUGCACGUCCAGUGUGACUGCACCGACAGCUUCAACGUGGUGUCCACGCGCGGCAGCCUCAAGACACAGGACAGCGUCCCCCCCCUGCACAGGCAGGUGCUGGUGAUUCUGUCCCAGCUGGAGGGUAACGCCGGGUUCUCCAUCACGCACCGCCUGGCACACCGCAAAGCCACCCAGGCCUUCCUCAAUGACUGGAUGCUGACCAAGGGCACCCACAACCCGCUGCUCACGCCCGAGGUCGCGGGGCUGCACGGCCCCCGGCCCCUAUGACAAAGCGCCUCCCCCUCCCUGCCCCGCUCCCCCGUCACUGUCCCCGAGCCCCUGGCCCGGGUGCUCCCCCGAGCCGGCAGCGCUGAGCCAGGGGCAGAGCCGGGGGGUCGCUCCCAGCACUUUGGCCCCCCCGCGGGGCCGGGUGAGCUCUCGGCACCAGGACCAGCCCCGCCCGCUGCCCCCGCCCGGCCCCGCCGGCCCCCACGCACUUCACGAGGAGCGCUGGGGGCACGGGGCCAUCUCAGGAUCCCCCCUGCCCCGUACCUGGGCCUGGUGCCCUCUGCCUGCCCCGGGGGGCGGUGGGAGAGGGGGGGCUGGAGGUUGCUGUCAAAGCCCUUCCCAGGCACCACGCUCAGGACUCUGCCCCUUCCUGCGGCGCCAGGGCGCUGGUGCUGCAAAAAGAAGAAUAUACCUCUGAUGUCUGUCCGUCUGUGUGACCCUCCGUGUGUCCCUGGGCCCUCCCGCUGUCUUGUUCCCUCAUGUCCACUCCCAGGACCAACGUGGCACCAAGGAUGGGCCGAGGGGUGCCGAGGUCACCCUGCCAUGGUGCUGCCCAUGCCAGGGACCCACUGUGGUGCCCAGACUCCCCGUCCACCCCACCUGUCCCAGGUGCCAGGCUGGGAAGGAAAGGGCACGGGGUUCUUCUGGAAAGCUGCUCUGAGGGGUUUCACUGUAAUUGGGGUGAAACUCAGAGGUGCCCCCUCUGCUGUGACUGUGGAUGGGAAGCCAGCCCAUGGGGUGAUGCUCGUGGGGGCUGUGGCAGCGGGAACCCCCCUCAACUGUCACACAAGUGUUACUAUGCAAAGGCAGCCGGUGGAAGCAGUGCCUGGAGAGAAGCCAUGGCCCGAGCUGGGCUCAGCCCCCUGGGCACUGCCCUGCAGGGGCAGCAGGACAGACCUGGGGGUGGGGAGCAGGCCCCUGGUGUUACCGUGUGCUGGGGAGGGGGUUGAUUUUGGGGGGGAAGUGGAGAGUCCCCUCCUUCAGAGGCCAAGUGAGCACAAGGUGAAGGCUGUGAGGGCCUCGGGGUGCUGCUGGUCCCAUGGGUGCUCCGGGGCAGGGGCUGAUCCUGGUGGGAGCUGUUCCCAUGCUUUCAGGGCAUCGUGGCUCUCUGACUUGGCGUGUGUGUGUGUGUGUGUGUGUGUGUGUGUGUGUGUGUGUGUGUGUACACGUGUGUGUGUGUGUACAUGUGUGUGUGUUUUGGGGGUCCCCCUGUGUACCCUCUCCUUCCCAAGCUGUGUGGACCUGCAGCUGAGGGGGGUGGUGGGCAAUGCUGGACCCUCUUCUGGCAGGGACUGUGCUGGGGGGCACCCUGCACCCCAAACCCUGCACCCUAAACCCUGCACCAGCAGCUGGGCUGGGCAGGGGUGUGUGUGGAGCCCUGCCCAGCCUGUCCCUCUGUGUCCCCCAGGGGGUGGGCAGGGGGGUGGGCUGCCCUGGCACCCUCCUGGCCCCCCCAGCUGGGACUGCUGAACCAAGCUCUGUCUGUAUUUUUGUUUGUCGAUCUGUUUUCUCUCUUUCCAACUCCUUCCUCCUUGGGAUUAUUUGUCCUUCACUUUUUUUUCUCCUCUCUCUUUCUGUCUUUCUGAGCUGUGAAUAUUUUUAACCCUGUAAAUACUGUCCAGCUCUUCAGAAUCAUAGGAUAUUUUAUCAAUUGUAAAUCAGAUCAGUAAUCCCUGUAUGAUACGAAUUAUCCAUGGGUGGUUUUCAAACUCAGGUUCUGAUGGACCAAAUAAAGUUUUGUUUUUUACUGAA